GUUGUGGAAGGGAGAAAAACUCUUUUCAUUUAGUUUAGAUUCAAAAUUCAAACAUAAUACUUCGAACGUAAACCCUUUUGAUUCUUUUUCCAAAAAAGGCAAUAUAAAAUUAACUGAAAUGGAGAAUCAAAAAUUACCAACACCCAAGGCGACAGCCAAAGCCAAGAGAAGUCUACCCCAUCAACUGAUCAAAUUUAGCACCGAUAUCAACUCCCCGGAAACCAAAUCGAAGAUGUUGCUCUACAAAAAGUUACUGAAAAUGGAAAUGCUCAGGGAUGAGCUUACAUCGAAAGAGUUACAAAAGAGACGACAACGUAGGCAACUGGACGAGGAAAUGGGCAAAUUCUCGAAACACAUGUAAAUGAUGGCAGGAGCAGGAAGAAGAAGUACAUAUAUAGGGUUUACGUUAGUCAGUAUCUUUGGUUUUACUUUCGAAUAAAAAAAAAUUACUCACCAAAUCAA